GGCUCUUGGAAACCUUGUGGUAUCAGUGUUUAAUACUUUCUUCACCUGUUGGGGUAUUUUUGUUUGUUUGUUUUUCAGGUGCUGAUAUUGUGCAGUGGCUUAUGAAGAACCUUAGCAUUGAGGAUCCAGGGGAAGCAAUACACUUGGGAAGUCUUAUCGCUGCACAGGGUUACGUCUUCCCCAUCUCAGAUCACGUCCUUACCCUGAAAGAUGAUGGGACGUUCUAUCGUUUUCAGGCUCCGUACUUUUGGCCUUCAAACUGCUGGGAACCAGAAAACACAGAUUAUGCCAUCUAUCUUUGCAAACGGACCAUGCAGAACAAAGCUCGGCUGGAGCUGGCGGAUUAUGAAGCCGAAAACUUAGCAAGACUUCAGAGAGCAUUUGCACGAAAGUGGGAAUUCAUCUUCAUGCAAGCCGAGGCCCAAGUGAAAAUCGACAGGAAAAAAGAGAAAACAGAAAGAAAGAUUUUGGACAGCCAGGAAAGAGCGUUCUGGGAUGUGCACAGGCCUGUGCCGGGGUGUGUGAACACCACAGAAAUGGACAUUAGAAAGUGUCGUCGUAUGAAAAACCCACAGAAGGUGAAAAAGUCAGUGUACGGGGUUACAGAGGAGUCUCAGCCCCAGAGCCCUGUACACAUGCCCUCCCAACCUGUACGCAAAACUACGAAAGAGGAUUUCCGGAAACAAAUAACUUUUCUGAAUGCACAGAUAGAGAGACAUUGUUUAAAGAUGUCCAAAGUAGCAGAGAGUUUAAUAGCCUACUCAGAGCAGUAUGUGGAAUAUGACCCCUUUAUAACUCCUGCAGAGCCUUCCAAUCCCUGGAUAAGUGAUGAUGCAGCAUUGUGGGACAUUGAAAUGAGCAAAGAACCUAGUCAGCAGCGUGUGAAAAGAUGGGGCUUCUCCAUGGAUGAGGUGCUGAAGGACCCAGUAGGACGAGACCAGUUCCUUCGCUUCCUGGAAUCAGAAUUCAGCUCAGAAAACCUCAG